AUGUAUUGUCAAUUUUGUGGUAAGGAACGAAAAAUCACUGCACUCUUCUGCACAAACUGUGGUAAAGCCAUGCCUGAAAUUCCUGCUGCUGAAGACACCACAUCUCCUGAAUCCUCAUCAAAAACAUCAUCAAACGUUGCAGGACCAUCAACAAUUUCAAAAACUAUUUCAAGAGGAGAUAAAUCACUUACAUUUUUGGAAUUCACCAAAACCAAAUCCAAAAGUUGGUUUAACAAAGUGCAAAGAAAAAAACAAAAGUCAAAUGAAGUUGCCAUUAAUAUUGGUAUAUUAUUAUGGAAUGAACGGGCUGGUUCUGUUAAACCAAUUCGUGGGAAGCGUGUUUGCUUGCGUAUAAAUUCAGAUGCAAGUUAUGAAAGGAUUUAUUCCCAGGGUCUUCAAAGAAUGACAGAUUUCCAUAGGGAUAUUAUAGUAGAAAAUACGAACUAUCUGUUGGCAUUUGAAAGUGGUGAAAUAGCGUAUUUUAUCCCAGGCACUACUCAAGAAUUCAUUUUGGAAAAAUACAAGAAUGAAUUAGGGAAGGAGUACAAAAACAUCACACUUUAUUUGAUAUCAGAGGAUGACAAGAUAGUUUUGGAUAAACUUAAAAACAGCGCAUUCAAUGAUCAUGAUUUUGACCAGGACUUUGAAACAGCCCCCAAAAAAUUUAAAAUUGAGUGUAAAGAACAACAGGAAAUGGAUGAUGAAAUAUUUGCUUCUCAAGUUCAAGCUUUGUAUGAAUCUGAUUUUUAUGAAUUACCUGAUGUUCCUGAAUUUACAGAUAUACCAGAUUUACCUGAUAUAGUGAAUUUGCCCAAGAUUUUGGAGGAUCUGGGAAGAAAUAUCGAAGAAGGACAAUUCUUCUUGAAUAUUCGGAGAAAUUCAGAUGUGCAGAGAAUCCUUACUCUGUGGGCAAGACAGAAAAGCCAGUCACCUAAAAAAGGCUUAUGGUUAGGUUCAUAGGAGAGAGUGGGAUUGAUUCAGGUGCUCUUAGUAAAGAAUUUCUUACUGAUGUUAUUAUUAAGAUUGGUGAAAAUAUGUUUCCAGGAGGUGCACCAAAGGACAGUAUGCUUGAUAUUCAGAAUAGUAAUUUUUUCUCUUGUGGUCAA